AUCUUCUCUCCGCUCUGUUGUCAAAUGAUCAGAUUACAGGAUACACGAGGCUUAUUCUAUUUCAUGGACUCGAGUUACCUCUUCUCCAAGGAUGAAUCACAUGAGGCUGCGCUUUGCUCCGUUGCUGCUGUGCGCAAAUUGCUAACUGACCCAGCGCACUCGGUCGCCCGUAUCGAGCACCUCUCAAUCCUCACCACGCUGAUAAGCGCCUACAGAUGCCCAUAGAGCCACCGAGUCCAUGAGUCCGUUUGACAACCUGCGCACACACACGGUAUUGAUCAUAACACCGCCCCGGGUCUGUUAUCUUCACCACGCCAUGUAACCGUCCCGGAAAACAGCCAACACCAGGUCGAAGUAAAAAGCUUCCCCCUUUUGGAUGCCAUCUUCUAACUGAUAAUUCGAAACGGCGAUGUUCUUGUACCAAUAUGCCAACCGAGCUCACCAUUGCAUCAUAAUCAAUGGGGACACGCCAGUGAACCAGAGAACUCCCCCAUCCCUACGACAUCAAGCAAGUUCGGGUGCGUGCGAUCAGGGGAUGAUGCAAUCCCUGGCCCGAGUCAUUGUACAGUGUCACAGCGCUUCAAAAUCACGAACAAGGCCUAAGCCCUUGAUACAUUGGAUGCUCUUACCUCUGAUCGAAACCCUCGUAUAAACCCUCAAACUCAAUAUUUCUUGUUAUAUUCCUCUCUUGAACCAUUAGUAACAUCACUAGAAUCGUCGCAACCCAACACUAUGUAUCAUUUCCAGAACAAAACCAAGGAGAGGAGCAUGUCGAUCGAGGAUCGCGAAACCUAUGCGGCAACGCACCACAACACGACAGAGGCGAACCUUGACCACGAGUCCAUGAAGGUGGCCAAGGAAAUCGGUCAAAGGCGUAUCAGCAAUCAGGUGAAAGUGAACGCGGAAGGCCAUCCCAACCUGAAGUACGACAUUGAUCCACUUGAGCCCGACCACUCUCUGCCGCCGUCCCAGAGAGCGCUGUAUGCGAAGCGAGAGCGCAAGGCCAAGGGCGAGACACCAUCCGAGUUCGCCGCAGCAACCACCGAAGAGCGCAAGAGCUCCAUGUAAGUCCCUAGGCGACUUGGCCGUCACUGUGCUGCAGCACGAUGCCGAUCCGAACGAACAGCCUCGAAAAGGUCCAGAGGUUCGGAUAAAAAGGAGGCGACGACCAUAAUGUGUGAGUGACCAUGGCCGGUUGACACCUGGAGAGGAAUCUAGGCUGGGGGUCUUCUCGGUACUUAACUGUUUGUUCAGGUGGAUCGUUCAGAGUACCAUCCGAGUAUGCGAGAUCGCAAGACAACCUGGAUCUGGGAUCUCAGAUCAGAUAGUGAAAAAGCACACAAUCAGAACAAGGGGUGGGGCAGUGCUGGUGGUAGUAUUCCUAGACAUGGGGUUGAUCAGUUGAUGCUUGUUUUCUUUUCAGAAGAGCCAAACGGGUCACUCGGUCAGAUAUGUUGGUACAUUGCUCUUAUCCCAG